GCUGCUGUGCGGUAUUCACCUUCACCUUCCUACCUCUCUUUUCCUCUCUUUUUUAUUAUUUAUCAUAUAUCCUUUAUUUCUGACGCUGUGCGUAUUAUUGACGACCGCCCUUGACUUCACGAGAUAAUCUGAUUACAACACUCGAGCUAAUAUCCGAUAUCAUGCAUUCUGCUUUGGCUACUCGUGAUUUGACUUGUCACACUCACUUCUUCGGCACCGACAUGUGCCAUUGGCUGAACACAAACGUCGGUCUUGCUAUCGCUUGUAUAGUUGGAAUCGUCUCCGUUGUCAUCUUCCUCAUACUCACCCUCCUCACCGCCAUCCGCCGCCGUACCCGCACCCCCACACUCAGACCCCUCCUCCUCCCCGUCUCCUCCUCCUCCUUCCCUCCGCCUCCUCCCUCGCAAGACCAAGGACCCCCACAGCUCCCCCCGCUCUACACCUACGCCGCACAACCCCAGGCACAGGCGCCGCCGUACCCGUUCGUGGGGCAGGGCAUGGAUCAGAUGGCUGAGCGGCAAGAGUUUGGACAGGUCGUUCAGGGUUAUAAUCCCAAUGUCCAACAACCGCCUCUUGGCGACGUAGCCUAUGCGAACCAGAUUCCGCUGUGGAACAGAGGCGCUUAUGCGGUUUAGUUGGGUGAGAGAUGGUAGUGUAUGCGUAGUGUCUGUGCUCAUACCAGUGUUGACAUCAACAUCGGUAUCGGUGCCGGUGCCGGUGUCCGAGUCGGUGCCGAUAUCUGCGAACACAGCUUUUGGGUUUUGGAAACACAGCACGUAGAUUCGAUACUCAGACUUGGGUGUAGAGGCUUGUAUCAUGAACCGAGCGUUGAUUAGUGCAAUACUCAUGCGUGAUGUGUACAUGGACGGGACGA